AUGGAGCCUCUCGUCCAGAGGCUGGGAGACUUCUCCUUGGGCAAGCCCUCUAAAUCCGAGCCCUCACCUCCCACAUCAGAGGUGAAGCCUGAAAUGAUCCAGGUCACCAACGCGCCUCCGACUUCGACUUCGACUUCGCCUUCUAUGCCCUCUUCCUAUGGCGCCCUAUAUCAAGCACCACAGCCUCGAAGUCUCGCACCGGUCAACUCGCCCUCAGCAACAAUGAAAACAGACCAUCUUUCCAUCGCCACUGUUGGCGCCCGCCCUUCGUCUUCUCGAGCUGAACCGCAAGCUCCAGUUCAAGCGCAACUUCAACCUCAGCCGCAAUCUCAACUUCAAGCUCAACUUCCACCUCAACCUCGACCUCAACCUCAGCCCCAGCCUGGCACAAAAGUGGAUCUGGCUUCGCUACUAUUCGUGAAGACAUACAACGACCAGCCCACCUGCGCCUUCUGCCACCACGAACUCGGGACCGGCCACGAUCUGUGGGCAGAGCGGCAUUUGUUUCGUAGAUGCGGAUGCCUCUUCUGCGGCUCCUGCAUCUACAUGCGCGCCUACCCAGGCUGCCGAUUCCACCCCAGCACCGAGAAACCAAAGCUCCUAGCCUACCACGCUUGCCAGCAGAAGCCGUCGUGUGGUGCGGACCAUGGAGGAGUGCGGAAAAUGGUCGUGUAUGACAGCUGCGCGCCCUCAUACAGCGCCCUCGUUUCCAUACUCCGAUUAUCCGUCAUCGUAUGCCUUACGAUGAACCUGAACCAUAAUGGCAACCUCUCCAGUAUGGGAAAGAGAAUCACCGGCGCCCUUCCCGCCCAUGUAUACACCUCAGUAGAGGAGGAGGAGAAGGGGAUGAGUGAUAGGUGGAGAUAG